AUGCAGCGCCUUCCUGACCUUCUUCCGGAUGCGGAUGCCCUGGAGAAGUCUGCACGUGUGCAAACUGUCCCCCUCUUCCAGGUGACUUGCGCGCUGGAAGAGAAUUGUUUUCCACCCGUCGUCUACAGUUUGUUUAGUCGACAACCCCGUCGAGUGCUGAGCUUCCAACGCCGACUGUUGCGAUUCUCCUCCAACAUUCAUAACAUCGGAACUGAGCCCUUCAAACCGUUUUUGCCGCCAGAGAAGUGGGUUUGGCACGCCUGUCAUUCGCAUUACCACAGUAUGAAGGUAUUUUCCUCAUAUGAAAUCGUUGACUCCGCACAACGUGUUCUGGCCGUGGGCCACAAAGCUAGCUUCUGUUUGGAGGACAGUGAAUGCGCACCUGGUUAUAAGAAAAAAUUCAUCUGCUCCACCUCACUCAGUAUUCGCGGAGAUCAAGGGAUUAGUCCGGGCUGUAUGGACUACUAUUUGCAUGAUUAUGACUGCCAAUGGAUUGAUAUUACCGACGUACCGCCCGGAUUUUACGAAUUUCGCGCUAUUUUUAAUCCAAAUCUAUUGGUUCCUGAAGUUUCGUACGGAAACAACGCCGUUCAAUGCAAUCUGGCCGUGGAUAUUUCCGGAAUAGGAACACAAUUGAAGAACUGCAAAAUUGCGCACCCUCUGGACUUUUAG